AUGAAGGCCUACGCCAAGGGCCCCGGCUGGUACCGCAGCAUGCAGGACGCGCUCACCUGCCUCAGCUGGCGCGACACCUUCCACCGCAUCUCUGAGCGAAGUGGCCAUCCUAAGAUGGAGGACGGAAGGCGGCACUUGCACGACCGCACCAAAGAGGAGGGCUGUGGUGGCUCGGAGACGUCAUCCGGCGUCUGGAAGCCAUCUGCGCGGCGGCACUGCAGUUCCUCCCCUCCGAACGGUGCACACUGGGCGACAUUGAAGGCGCCCUGUCAGCCGCCAUCGAUGACCUCCAAGCCGCCAAGGCCAUCAUCGAGGCCGGCAUUCCGCAAGCGGCGAGCCGAGCCGCCGCGCCCUCGCUGCCAUCCACAGCUGCGUCACCCGACCAGCCCCUCGCCGUGCCACCCUCAUCUGAGGCGGCGUCCCCCCUGGCGCCUUUUGCUCCGUUUCCUCGGCUACCCCAAGUAUCUAGACGGGGCACACGAUGACCGAAUAUGGGAGGGAGAGAGGCCACACAGAACUGGUCUGGGUGCCUGUCUGUCUGCCUUUGGCUUUAAUGUCAGGAUAUUGCUGUCUGCAUUUUAUAUUCGACGGAGACAUAACCUGAUGGAGAGGCGGCAGUUUCUCGCAGGUAGGUGUAGGCAGUGCAGCUCGGCGUGUGCUGCGCCCUACGAGACCCCACUGCACACCUUCUACGCAUACGUAUACCCCGCGAUGGUAGGUCACCCACCCACAGUGCAUCCUUUGGAUGCAUCAAUUGCCUUGCAUUGAUCUGCGCGUGUGUGACCAUAUGUAUGCAGCGGACGGUGGGCGGGCGGGCUGGAUCCGACUCCGGCGCGACGUCGGGCGGGCAGGCAGUCAGUCUGUCGGCCGAACUGCACUCCCGCCCGGUGGCCGUGGCUGGAUAUGCAGUCAGUCUGCUUUUUGAGGCAGAGCGGAUCCGACUUCUUCUACUCCCAGGGUACAGGUGGCGGGCCGCGAGUGCUCGACAUGUGGGCAUUGAAGCGCGACGACACCGUAUCCGGCUACGGCAUACCGAAUGCAUGUCCGUACGACGAGGACAGUGGGGAGAGGGGGGUGAGGGGCAGGGUGCUCUGUGUGAGGGUAAGAGGGGCGAUAAGGCUGGGAGGGAGGGAGGGAGACAAGGGCAUCGCAGACACGCAGAGAGCCCUCGGUGGGUACACACACACACACAACGCGCAUUGACAAGCCUCCCUGUCGGUCCAUCAAUCAUUGACUGACUGCAGGGGUGGAAAGCUUCGGCAUCAUCCUCCCGCAGCGCUACAUCCGUCAGCUCCUGAGGGACGGCCUGUUCCAAAUGGUGAGUGAAACAAACGCACCUGAGGCAAUCGUCAAUGAGCUGCAUCUUUGUUUGUUGCCUUGACUUGUGUGUGGCAUCCCUGCAGAGGGUGUGUGAGAUUUGCGCUUUGCUGCUCCAGCAGAACCUGUCUGCCGGGCCGCUGCAGACGGCACUGGAGAUCCGCACCCGCGCAUCGGAGAGCCGCUCAUCUAAGGAUCAGGAGGACACCGACAGGGAGGACACGGACAAGGAGGAGAUCGACAAGGAGGAGAUCGACCGCAUUGUGCACGAGAAGGCCCACGAGGCGGCACUCGCUGUGAAAGAACUCCUCCUCAGCCGCAGUAGGCACGCCUCUAGCGAGACAGAAUGGGUGGAGGAAUGCGCCCCUUCCAUGUGUGUGUGUAUGUGUGCGUGUGUGCAGCGGCUGAGGCCCGCCGACUGGCAAGCGCCACACCACACCACACACACCGGCAUCCACCGACCGUGUGUCAUGCCACACACUUCUUCCUUUGUCUGUCUGUGUCUGUGUGUGCCAGGCCAAAAUAAAGGACUCGGGACUCAACCUGCAGCAGACGCUCGAACGCCUCGGCGGCGUGGCGCGACGAAUGCACGACAUGCCGCUGGUCCAGGAGAUCCGUAUGAUCAGCCGUGCCCGCGACUUCCUGGAGCGGAUGGCCCAGCACCCCCAAGCCCGACAGGUAAGGGGUCGAUGGGAGAGUGGCCGACGGACAGACACCCAGAUGGCUGAUUGGUGUCUCCCUCUCCCCUUUGUAUGCAGGAGCGUCGGCUGACGAUGCACGCAGACGUUAUCCAGCUCUUCAACAACAUCGGAGUCAGCCAACAGCGCACAGCACACACAUCCAGUCUCCUCUCGGCACGUGUCUCUCUCCUGUGCCGUCAUGCAGAUUGAGAAGACCCCCACGACCCUCGAUGACGUACGAGCCUCCCUGACCUACGCCAACAAAGUACUGGACCACUACAAGAAAGAACAGGUCAGCAGUUGUCGAUUCGCCACACACGCAGGCACACCGAACACAUCACAUGCCUUGCCGCUCUUGCCAUCAGGCCAGGCGGUGCCAGGCGCUCAAGAGGCGCCAGGAGGAUUUGCAGCGACAAAUUUCCGGUCAGUUCAUGUAUGUCUGCAGCUGUACCACACCAUGUCGUUCUCUGUCUUGCCUGCUUCUGACAUGCAGAGGUUGAGCAGGAGCUGCGAUCCCUGUCGUUGGAGGAGCGAGAUGCCCGCAUCGAGCUCCGCAAGUUGGAGUCGAAACUCCCAAAGUGAUCGAACAACCCCCACAUCAUACUAAUACUACA